AUGAAGAACCUCAAAAUUGAUUAAUAAUACAAUCCUUAAUCAUAGAUAAUCUCAGCCAAAGCUUCAGAGAGAACAUUAUCAACCUCUCAUGCUUAAAAUAAUACUGCUAGAAGAAAAUCUAUAUUUAUACCAAUCCCCUCUUACGCAAGGUAGAUAAGUUGUUCGAUUUCCCCUUCCCACUGCAAGCAAAUGUAGCACUUGCAAAUAUUUCAUCCCUAAUUUAAGAAUACAUUUCAGGAAAGUAACUCUAAACAAACAGCAAUGAGAUCAAUUUAGGAUGACGAUGAACUAAUGAGGAAGUUAGAGGCAUUAAAAUCUAAUAUGAAAAAUGACAACGAAGAGUCUAUUGAGACCUAUACCUCGAUGAAUGAUUAUAAUCAUUAAUCAGAAUUCAAGUCAAAGUACUAUACACUUAAAAAUCAAGAUAAAAAAAUAAGUUUGCUUAAGAACAUCGCUGUUAAUGAAGAGCUACCUAACAUUGCAAAUAUAAUUGAAAAAGCAAGAUUAGAUAUGCCAAUAACUUCAUUUGGAAUUCAGCUAUCUUAAGAGGCCUAAUAAAAGAUUUAUCAUAAAAUUUAAAUGAAAAAAUCUAAUUCGUAAUCCAAGCUUUAACCCACACCAUCGAAUGGAAAGAAAACGUUUUAUAAAGACAUGAGUCUAUCCUAAAACUUACAGAAUCAGAUAUACGAAGUAGAUGUAAAUUAACCCCAUUUACGUACAAAGCCCUUAUUUAUCAUUAGAGAGCAUUAAGUUCUUAAAAACAACAAUAACUAAUCUAGAAACACUGGGAUUCCUGAAUCACGAGGAAACUCGAAGGAUACAAAUCCAAAUGAAACAAGCAAUAAUAAAAACAAUUAAAUUCAAAGACACAUGGAAUCUCUUUAGCCAAAUCUUUAAACCACUAAAAAUGCCAGUAUAAAUCGCAAAGCCUAUCUUCAAAGUACUUUGUACCUUGAAAAAAAUAUGACAAAAGAUUUCUAGGAAAGCAUAAGAAAAGUAAAACCUCUCAUAGAUCCAUUUAGAUAUCAAUAAAACCCAGGAAAAAUGAACAAUUUCAAAAAUUUAAGUAGAUAAUAGUAAUAGCAAUAAUAAUAAUAAUCAUAGCAUUAGGAUUAAGUUUCUUAGUCUGAUAAAACAGAGUUGAUGGCCUAAAAUGAUAUUAAAAUGGCUUAAGCCGAAUUUCAUGUCUAAGAGAAUGAAAAUAAUCACCAUCAUCAUCAUCAUCACCCAGAUGAAAUCUAAAGCCUCACUGAAGAGAGUUUCAAUAUUAAAGAUAUAGAAAAAAAUUUCUUUAAUGAUGAUAAUACUGAUAAAGGGCCUUAACAAGAGCGAAAGUAUAGUUAUCAAAAGCCUAAUUUGAACAAAAAGUCACAUUAGAAAAGUGAUAGAUCAUAAUCAAGCGAUAAUGACUCUGAUUCAAGUUCAAGUAAAAAUAAGUUAUUCAAUACUACAAAUGGAAAUAAAAAUAUAAUCUUUAACUCUACCAGUAAUUGUAAUAAUUCAGCAAAGAAGGGAAUAUAACCUAUUGAAAAAAUGUUUGAAAAGGAACGAGACUUUAGGAACUUAAAACUAGGAUGUAAGGCUACUGUAUUUGAAAGGGAUCCCAACAUAGUUCUAAAUAUGCGCAAAGGUAACUACACUCUCAUUAAGUACACAAAUUUUACCUGA